AUGGGUGCUCCCUGGUUCGCUCUCUUCGAGCUCAUUCGCUCACCGGCAUUCAACCGAGCCAUCCAGAAGGCCUAUCGCAAGAUCAACAGGCUGCCCGACUUUGAGCAGAAGAAUGGCGGAGGCAGAACCGGCCCAUCAUCCAUCGACCACUUCAAAGAUGAAGUGAAGAACCAGUUCCGCGAACUCACAUGGCAAAAGCGCCCUCCCAAAUGA